AUGCCAUUACUCGAGAUGUCUCCGAAUAUCCAGGAAUCAGAAGCCAGGGCCCGAAAAAGGAGCCACGAUGAAUUCGAGGGUGAUGCGCCGACGACCGAGACCGAGGAGGCUACAAAGGACCUUGUGCUGUCUCCCAAAAAGCACUCAGUACUACUCGCUCUGCAUCAAUCCCUCGGUCAAUCCACGCCUCAGGGCUCGCCCAGCCUUACAGAGCCCGGAAGCAUCACACCAGCGCAUAUUCCAGGCUCCCCCAUUACCCCCAAAGCCGAAACCAUAGUUAAAUGCGACCCUGCUCCGAACUCGAUAGCCAGCAACACGGAAACUGCAUCAGCAACCCCACAAAACACAGUCUCUACCUCAACGACUACAACACAACCACAAAAAAAGAAGCGCCUCACAGCUGCCGAAAAAGAGGCUCGGGAUAAAGAAGCUGCCGAAAAGAAAAAGGAAAAAGAAGAGAAAGCUGCUGCCAAGGCUGCCGAGAAAGCUGCAAAGGUCGCCAAAGCCGAAGAGGAGAAGGCUGCUAAAGCAAAGGAACGCGAAGAAAAGCAGAAAAAGAAGGCCGAAGAGGAGGCUGCUCGGGCAAAGGAACGCGACGAAAAGCAGAAAAAGAAGGCUGAAGAGGAACGAGUUAAGGAAGAGAAGAAGCGGCAAGCUCAAGAAGCAAAGGAAAAGGAAGCUAGGAAACAGCCGAAGCUUAAUAGCUUUUUUGGCGCUCCUCGCACGCCUUCGAAGCCCAGCAACACUGAAUCUGCCCCGUCACGGACCGCAUCACCCAACAAGUCCGACCCAGCGGCUGAUACGACGAAGCCUGCGGACGCUGAAUAUCGGAAGCGGUUUAAACCUUUCUUUGUAAAGGAGCACACAAGACUGGCGAACUCGAGCUGGUGUAUGGACGAGGAUACGCGAGAGAGCAAGUCACGCAUACUCGACGAGUUCAUCAGCGGAGAUCGCACUUUGGACAGUUCAAGUCUUCCCUUUGACCCUGUUGAAGUCUUUGCUCUGCCUAGAAAGCCACCAAAGAGAGGAAGGGUUCACCCACCAGUAAGAACGGUGAUGGAGUCAAUUUAUCGAGAAACGGAAGCGAACAAUGCCUCCACCAGUCAAUCGGCCAUUGCGCUGGCUCGUCAGCAGCUGUCAAGAAUGGUCACAAAGGUUAUUUCUUUCUCACAAGACGUCCGGCCAGCAUACUGCGGCACGACGACAGCAAAGCAACACGCUGUUGGAUUAGAACAAAUGCGAAAGGCAGCUCGGAAUACAAAUGCCAAACGGUUACCGCUUGAUUAUGACUACGAUUCGGAAGCCGAAUGGCAGGAAGACGAGGAUGGAGAAGAUGUCGAUAUGGAAGAUGAUGACGAGGAUGUCGAGGACGAGGACGACAUGGAUGGUUUCUUGGAUGACUCAGAGGAUGUCGGCCCUGCUAGACGGUUGCUGGUUAACACCCUGGAACCUGAAUGCUCGGGAAUAUGUUUCGAAGAUCACAACAAAAACGGACCAAAUCCGGCUGUUUAUGAGCACAGGAUGGAGUUCAUUAUUGAUCACAACGACGCAAGCUCAAGCAUCAAUCCUUGGUCCGACGCAUACUGGGAGCCCGCGCCUAAGAAAGUACAGGCAGCAGACAUGGGAGUCGUGAUGCCUCCCCCACCAGCGCCUACCUCAGCUUUUGCAGCCCUUUCCGGAACGCCUACGGCUCCUGCAGCGACGAAACUUGUUAAGAAGGAGAUACUAAACGACGUAAAGAAGGCGAUCCUCGAUAACAAGGGUCUGUCCAAGGUUGGUAUCGUCGACUUCGUCUUCAAUCAGUUCCGGGACAACGCAUCACGUGCCGAAGUCAAGAAUACAAUUGAGUUGGUGGCUGAGAAUAAGAAGAAGGGCACUGGAAGACACAAGGAGUGGGAUCUGAAACCAGGUCACGAGAUCGCGUUGUAA